GGAAUCUUACAGUCGAAGUAGUUUGCCGUUCUGAUAGCACUUUACCAUAAGCGAACUCUUGGAAAUAAAUCUCAUGGGAAAUAAUAUAUAGUUAAAAUGCUAUGGACUAUGAUAAAAUACAAUGAACAUGUAUUUUAUAUAUCAAAUAUUGGGUUUAUUAUGUAAAACAUUUUUAAGUGACAAAAUAUAAAAUAUUAUGAAGAAUUAAUGUGGCUUAUCCUAUGAGAAAAUGGAAAAUACCAUCGGUGAAACUUUGAAUGUAACUGCAAAUCCAUAUAUAUUGGACUACGACAAUGAACUUAAUUGGAACUACCCCGUGCCUUUGAAAAAAGUAGCACAAUGGGAGAUUAUCUUAAAGAUAACACUUUACUCGCUUCUUAUGCUUAUCGCAAUCGUUGGGAAUAUUUUAAUAAUUGUGGUGGUUGCGCGGAACAAACGCAUGCAAACGACUACGAACUUUUUCCUUGUAAACCUAGCGGUGUCGGACCUUCUAGUGACCGCGUGUUGUUCUUGGGUUCGACUUGUGGACGAUCUGACCGAGGGAUGGGUACUGGGAAAUGUCUUCUGUAAACUAAACUCAUUUGCACAAGUAACAUCAAUGGUGGCCGGAAUUUUUUCUCUCGUCCUGAUUGCUUGCGAUCGUUUCUUCGGCAUUGUGUUUGCCAUGAAAGCCCACAUCAUCGAGAGGAGAGCCAGCUACGCUAUAGUCAUCACAUGGGUAUGCGCAAUAGCUGUGGCAUCACCUCUUCUGUUUGUCCGCCAAGAAGAGUCUAGAGUAUGGGCCAAUCACGUUGAGAUAUGGUGCGAUGACACAUGGCCACUAAUUGAGGAAGUAGACCCGGUGACAGGGUCUAUAAUGAAAUCAUUUAAAGGUCGCAAAGCAUACUACACGUUUGUGACAGUAGCUCUGUAUUUUGUCCCAAUAUUGACAAUGUCGGUCAUAUAUUUCCUGAUAAUACUCACUGUGUGGUUUACACGGGCACCGGGUGAAAGAAUUUCCGUCAAAGAAAUUCAGGUGCAAAAAAAAGUGAAAAGAAAAGUCGUUAUUAUGCUGAUAACAAUUUUGGCCACCUUUGGACUGUGCUGGUUACCCCUGGAAAUUGUUAUAUUAUAUUCUGAGUAUCGACCGAACAAGCACGAACAGUUGCCGCAUUGGUACAGCAUUAUGGAGUUUGUAUCAUACACUCUUGCUUUCGCAAAUAGCGCCUUGAAUCCACUUAUAUAUGCGGGUUUUAACGAGAACUUUAGAAAAGGGUUUCGAGCGUUAUUUGGAAACAACGAGAGAAAGUUAUAUGCUGCAAUAUAUCGGGCGGAUUCCAUGUACCACACGUCCACUACACACGUGAUGACGACCCAGCAUACGCAACUGUGACAAUCAAGUACUCAACAACACUCAUAAACGUGUUGUGUAAAGUGGUCUGUUUUGUUGAAAGCUAUUAUCAAAUCAAUCACCCAAAUAACUAUGAUAAUGAGGGAUAGUAUAAAACAAGAAAGGUAUAAUUGGAAAACGUUAUAACGAUAUAUUUGACAUCUAAAUGCGCAUAUGAAACAAUCAGAACACAUGCCUUUUAGUGUUCUUGUUUGAAGUAUGCUAGACUGGUACAAUCAAUGGACAUGCAUUUAAAACAUGUUCGAUUACAAAGAAUUUAAGAUUGUACGCAUCGCUGUAAGUGAUAACAUCAGAAAUACAAAUUGACACUAUUAAGUCCAGAAAUAGUUAAUUAUUGGAAGGUUUUAUGUUGGACUAACGAUUCCCUAUAGAGCAAACACGCUUGGAAUGAUUGAAGACGGGCUUAGUCCAGAUUGCAAAAGCUGAGCAUUAUCACAUACUGAGCCUAUGCCACGUUGAACUGAAGAAACAUUUUCGUUUGCAAUUACAUACAUGCCUUUGGGUCUGUGAAUGUAAUACAUAUAAAAAACUGUGUCUAGGUUUGAGUAGUUUACGAAGACGCCCGAAGAUAUAUCAGG